AGAUUAUGUCACCGUAACCACCUAGACGUUCCUCAAUUGAAAUAUUUGAUCUUAUUAUAUUUUCAUAACUGAUGUCUUUUAUACUCAACACACACCGGUAUGGCGCUGAUAAGUGUUCCUACUUUACAGAAACUGACAAUCUUCAGACAAAUUCAUUUUGCAGUUUCCCGACCAUUGUAUCUUAAAACUCGCUCGUUAACUGGAGGGGGCAGUGUACCGCAAACACCAUGUAAUUCAUCACGGCCGGUAGAAAACAUAAAGUCUGAACCGAGUCAAUCACCACCGGGAGGCUCUGGCACUGAAACUCAGACACCAGCCGCGGCAGCCCGGACCUCGUGCACGCCCAGUGAGGCGCCGCCGUGUCCUCCGUGCGUGCCCUCCACGGCGCCCUCGUGUCGCACCAGCAAGGCUUCCUGCCCACAGGGAGUGCGUGUGGUGUGCUGCCCGCCUCCCGCAGGGCAGCGGCCGCCAUGCCCGCCGCCAAUGCCCAAUUGCCCACUCACUUGCGACAACGCCGUUACAAAGGUAAAUCAGUCGGCGAUACAAAUGAGUGCGGGUAGCAACAAACAAUGUGGCCAAUACCUUGAUCACGUUGCGCAGCGUCUGUCUGCAGCCGAGUGUGCGCGCCGAGCACACUACGAGCGCGAGGUGGCCGAACAGCCACCGCCCGCUCGACCCACACCCGUAACUUAUCGUCUAGCUGCCGAGAGGCGAUGCGCACGCGCCACAGAUGGACACGACUAUAUUCUGCGCGACGCGCCUGUCAGUCGGUCCAAGCAGCAUUGCGGGCCCGACCGCGAGGCACCACUGGCCUGUCCCGUUGACCUGGUUGCCUACGAUGGCUGCGAGAUCCGCUCAGCUCGCCACCUCGAUCCCUGCGCUACCAAACCUCGCGUGUUUUUAAGUAUCGACCGAAGCGCAGCUGAAAGUGAAAGUAACAAAGAAGAUUCGAAAAAACGCAACCAGAACGAAAGUAUUACCACUCGCCUUAUGGAUAGCUUUAGAUUGACAAAAAAGAAUAAUGAUAAAUCAAAUCAAAAACCCGAAAAUAACAAGUCUAGUUGGUGUAAGUCACCACCUUCCAUUAAAGCGGCUCCGACGGCAUGUCGGGAACCUUCUCUCACAGAACGAUUACGACAGCGGACGGGCAGAGACAAACCCUGUAGCAAUAACCGAGAUUUCCAUACAGCGCCGUGGCUCCGAAACAUCAAGUCGUGUUCAGAUAUCUCGGUGGAGUCAUCGCUUGGUAAAACGACUUCUGCUGCGAAAUCAAAUCAAUCGGAUAUCGACAAACUGACAUAUGUUUUAGAAGAGCGAAAAAAGCUCAAAGAAGCCGGACGCGGUCGCUUUAUGAGCAACAAUAAUGAAGAAACAUACCGCCGUGCAGCUAAGAGAGCGCGUAAUUCUGGCGUACUUGAGUUAAGUGUUCCUGCGGGCUUUGACUCUGUCAAAGUUCGUGUAACUCUAGACAUGGACACCAAUUCACAAAAUAUGCUCCUUAAAAACAAUAUGACUAAUAAUGAGCAAACACAUAACGACUGUACGAUGAGUACAUCGGAAAAGAAUGAGUCGGGGUCAUGGAUGUCUAUUAAAAAUCUGCAGAAGAAAUUGUCAGAGCACUGUCGCAAAGAAGUUAAAUCAGAAAUAAAAUGUCCUGCGGCACCAGGAGCAAAGCCGCUUAGCAAUAAUUUACCCAUAUCUUCAUCGAAACAGAAUGAAUCCAAGCAAAUGAAAAAAGAAGCUGCCAUCAAAGAGAAGCUGUCGCCCGUGACGUCACCGUGUCCCCCUCCACCGCCCGGAAAGUUAAAAUGAAAUGAUAAUACUUUACCAACAAAUAAGUGAAUAUUAUAUUAUUAACGGCAUACCUGUGUGUGUAGUUUUUAAUAAACGGUAACUGUUAA